GUCAGAACCAUGAACCCCUGGAUGCUGCUCGCGCUCCUCGGACUGUGUUCUGCCUUUGGUCCCAGUAAACAGGAGGAGGAGGACUAUGAAGACGUUCCCAUCAAUAAGACCUGGGUUUUAUCUCCAAAGGUUUAUGAGAGUGAUGUGACUCUGAUCCUGAACAAACUACUGCAGGGAUACGACAACAAACUGAGACCUGACAUAGGAGUGAGACCGACUGUCAUUGAAACAGCAGUUUACAUCAACAGCAUUGGACCAGUGGACCCCAUCAACAUGGAGUACACCAUCGACAUCUUCUUCGCUCAGACGUGGUACGACAGCAGACUGAAGUUCAACAGUUCCAUGAAGCUGCUCAUGCUCAACAGUAACAUGGUCGGAAAAAUCUGGAUCCCAGACACGUUCUUCAGAAACUCACGCAAAUCUGACGCACACUGGAUCACAACACCCAACCGCCUCCUGAGGCUGUGGAGCAACGGAAGAGUCAUGUACACCCUGAGGUUGACUAUUAAUGCGGAGUGUUACCUUAAGCUGCAUAACUUUCCCAUGGAUGAACACUCCUGUCCCCUGGAGUUCUCCAGCUAUGGAUAUCCAAAGAAUGAGAUCAUGUAUCGGUGGCAGAGGCGAGCGGUGGAGGUGGCGGACCAGCGCUACUGGAGACUGUACCAGUUUGCAUUUGUGGGCUUGAGGAAUUCCUCGGACGUGGCUCACACUCAGUCAGGGGAGUACGUCAUCUUGACCAUCUUCUUCGACCUCAGUCGUAGGAUGGGCUACUUCACCAUCCAGACCUACAUACCCUGCAGUAUGAUCGUGGUCCUGUCCUGGGUCUCCUUCUGGAUCAAUAAGGAUGCGGUCCCAGCUCGAACAUCCCUAGGUAUCACCACCGUCCUGACCAUGACCACCCUCAGUACCAUCUCCAGGAAGUCCCUGCCCAAGGUCUCAUAUGUGACGGCCAUGGAUCUGUUUGUGUCCGUGUGUUUCAUCUUUACGUUCGCCGCCCUCAUGGAGUACGGCACUCUGCACUACUUCACCAGCAACCGGCAGACCAAGAAGUCCAAGGCCAACAACAGCACCCAGCAGAGGGCGUCCAGCAUGGUCAACAUCCGUCCUGGGACGUCGCUGCUGCAGGUCAACAACAUCGUGCCCUACCACGAGGAGGACGACUACGCCUACGAGUGUCUGGACGGAAAAGACUGCGCCAGCUUCUUCUGCUGCUUCGACGACUGCCGCUCGGGCGCCUGGCGUGAAAACAGGAUGCACGUACGCGUUUCCAAGAUCGAUUCUUACUCGCGAAUAUUUUUUCCCACUGCUUUUGGCCUUUUCAAUCUGGUGUAUUGGAUCGGUUAUCUGUAUCUAUAAAAGAAGGACGACUGGAGUUUUAGAUCUGCAAGCAUUUCCAACAGACGACGCUGCUCGGACA